UGCAAACUACAGUCCACCAGUGUGAACGGAGAGUCACAGAAGAGCAAGUGGUGCUUAUUCUCUUUAAACACCUGUAUGUGUUUGCAUGGAAGAGGGCAUUUUGCAUUAAGAGUAUUUAAUACAUCUGCGAUUGAAAGUGAAUAAAAAAAAUAAGUUGAAGACGCUUGGAAAGUGAGAUAAACUGGGACAGUUCUGCGAGAUUCAUCUAUCAGAGUUUUUCCUCUGCCUGCUUUGUGUGUGUGUGUGUGUGUGUGUGUCUGUGUGUGUGUGUGUGAGACGGCUGCUCACUCCAAAUGGAAAUUGAAAUAUCCUUCAAAGGCAGCGGCGCUGACAAACCGCUGAUCCUCAGCACAUUUUGCCUUUGUUGAAUUUGUUCCUGUCAGAGCCUCGUUUCUCAUGUGGACUCAAGUCAUUUCCACUCGCCGCGCCUCCAUCCCACCCCUCGUUUGAUCCUCAUGCAAACGCAGCCCUGGGUUGACUGACAGCCAACCAGACGACACGGAGAGCUGGGACCGAGUCUGACAGGACCAGCACGCCACCUCCAAGAGGAGAGCGAACAAAGCCAUCGAAGAGCAACACCAGUUAGCGAGAGGGCGAGAGAGAGAUUUCUCUCUUGUGUGGACUUCCGUUAUUUCAGAAUUUGGGGAGCGCAUGAUGUCAUUAACGGCACAGAGGGCUUGUGUCAUGGCGUCAGGUCGGGGUGGCCCCCCACCCGCCUGGACCACACUGCCCCCCUGCUCAUCCCUGAAGCCGGCGCGGAGUGGGUUCCGGAAAGUGAGCAGCGCCGGAGAAGCGGACUCGUGCCCCAUCCCGGGCCUGCCGGAGGGCGUUCUGGAGAUGAGGGUGAAGGAGGGCAGUAAGAUCCGGAACCUUCUGGGCUUCGCCAUGGCCCGCAUGCAGGGUGGGCUGCAACACGGCGGGCGGACGCCGCUCAGACAGAUUCUCUUCACCGGGUCAGGCCGGGCCAUCACCAAAACCAUCACCUGUGCCGAGAUCAUGAAGAGGCAGAUUCGCGGGCUGCACCAACUGUCCAAGCUCCAGUACCGAACGGUCCAGGAGCAGUGGGAGGGCAGGGACAGCGCCUGCUCCAGGAUGACCAUUCACAGGAUGCUGCCGGCCAUCUACAUCCUGCUGUCCAAGGAGCCUCUGGACACCCAUGAGCCAGGAUACCAACCUCCUGAGGACCUUCUCAAUCCGAAUGGGCCGGGAUACCAACAUCUAGUGGAACUAAAACCCUGUGAACUGGGAUACCAACAUCUAGUGGAAGUAGAACCCGGUGAGAUGAGAUGCCAACCUCCAGUGGAACUAGAACCCUGUGAGAUGAGAUGCCAACCUCCAGUGGAACUAGAACCCCGUGAGAUGAGAUACCAACCUCCAGUGGAACUAGAACCCAGUGAGAUGAGAUACCAGCAUCUAGUGGAACUAGAACCCUGUGAGAUGAGAUGCCAACCUCCAGUGGAACUAGAACCCCGUGUGAUGAGAUACCAACCUCCAGUGGAACUAGAACCCAGUGAGAUGAGAUACCAGCAUCUAGUGGAACUAGAACCCCGUGUGAUGAGAUACCAACCUCCAGUGGAACUAGAACCUUGUGAGAUGAGAUACCAAUCUCCAGUGCUGCAAGCUGCACCUGAGAGCAGGAAGCCAGGCGAGCACCUCAACUCUCCGCCUGACCACUACAGCAUGCUGGGAUAUCUUCCUCCAGUUGACCCUUACACUCCAUCUCACCCCCAGACGCAAGCAGAGCCACUCUACCCCCUCUCUGCACGCAGCCAACCAGGACACCUGCAUUCAGGAGACCUUGACUCUGUGUCUCAGCGCAGUAAGCUGGGAUACCAAACCUCAGCAGAGCCCUGGCCUCUGCUUCACCCCCACCAGGCAGGAGAAGGGCUUUGCGUCCGUGCUGAGGAGAGGAAGACCCUCUGCCGGGCAUCCAGGAAGAGACCUCUCAGUCCCUGCUCCCCCUCCUGCGAGCCACAAGACAAAGCUGCUCUGUAUGAGGACGGGAAUGUGUAACUUUAUUUUCAACAUGUCAUUUGUUGCAUAAUAGCUUAUCUAUAUCAGGGUGAAUUAAAAUAUAUAUAUAUAUAUAGUAGUAGUGAAACAUUAAUUUAGUUUUGUCUACCAUUUGUCCUGUUUUAUUUAUUGUUUGUUAGCAUGUUUGUGUCCUGCAUGUGGCUCAGGUGGAAAAUCAGGUGAAAGUUACACAAUAUAUCCCACUGGACAGCAGGGCUCAGGCUCCGCAGGUGCACUGGUGUGGACUGAGGGGCUGCUAACCGGAGCAUCAGGGAAGAAAACCACAUGCUUUAUGAAAGCAUCAUGUGGAGUAUCUACAAAUGAGGGAAAGGUUGUUGGACACAUUUUUUAUGCAGGCUAAAUUCCUACACUGUCAUGUGUUGCAUCUGUUUGUUCAAUAACAUUUCAUUAGACUAUCUUUGCUUAUACAGCUGGGUAAGUGGUCCUGGUUAAGUUAUCAUGCAGGCUAGCCACAUAGUUCAUGAACCAGUUUCUAGGCUUUUGCUCAAAAUUGCUCUGCACCUACUUCAGAGGGCUGUUGCCCCCUAUAUUCCGUGUUUUUUAUGAAACAGGAUAGAAUCAGAAUAACUAUGUUGAGUACUGACACAGAGUUGCAGAGGCUAAUAUAUAUUUUUCCCCUUCUUCUUCUUUCUGCCGGGUUGCAAAAAAUCUCUGAACCACAUUUUAGCCCUCUAAGUCACUUAGUAUCCCUUAGAAAUAUGACUCUGCCCUAGCACCAGGUCUUGUGAAGCUGUGUGUAAAAGCAGAUCAAUAAAGAAUCACAUAUUUUA